AUGGAACAUGAUAUGGUAGAAAAUGAAGACGUACCUUCUCAAUUUCAACAAAUGCUUUUAAAUCUUAAUAAGUUAUUGGAAUUAGAGCCAUAUGAUGCACACGCACUUAGAAGUCGCGGGAAAACGUAUAAAAUAAUAGGCAAAUAUAAAGAGGCACUCAUCGAUUUCAAUAGAUUAUUGGAAAUAGAACCGGAAGAUGUCAUUGCGUUAGAAAAUCGUGGUGAAAUUUAUAUAAUUUUGGGAAAAUUAGAUGAAGCAAUUUUAGAUUUGAAUAACGCUCUCAAGAAAAAUUUGAAUAAUUCUUUUGCGUUAAAAAUCCGUGGAGCAGUUUACAAAACGUUGGGCAAAUAUGAUGAUGCACUGAUGGAUUUCAAUAGAUUAUUAGAGAUCGGGCCAAAUGAUAUUUUCGCGUUAACAAAUCGUGGGGAAACUUACAGACUGCUAAAAAAAUAUAAUGAAUCACUUUUGGACUUAAAUAGAUCAUUGGAAAUUGAACCGGAUAAUGUUUUUGCGUUAAGCAAUCGCGGAGUAGUGUAUAAAAUGCUAGGAGAAUAUACCAAGGCACUUACGGAUCUCAAUAGAUCAUUGGAAUUAAGUCCAGAUGAAGUUUUUGCACUGGAAAAUCGCGAAAAAUUAUAUAGAAUUUUGAGAAAACCUAACGAAUCUCUUUCAGAUCUUAACAAAUUACUAAAGAUACGACCAAACGACGCCGCGUUAUUAGCUAUUCGAGGAUCAGCCUACGGGUUAUUGAAUAAGUAUGAUGAGGCACUUUCAGAUCUCGAUAAAUCACUGGAGAUUGAACAAAAUAAUGCUCUAGCUUUGAGGCACCGUGGAAGAAUUCAUAGAAUAUUAGGAAAAUAUGACGAAGCACUUUUAGAUUUAAACAAAUCAUUGGAAAUAGAACAAAAUAAUACUCUUGCAUUGGAAAAUCGUGGAGUAAUUUACGGGUUAUUGGGAAAAUACGACGAAUCACUUUUAGACCUCAGUCUAUUGUUGAAAAUAGAGCCAGAUAAUACUUUUGGGUUACGAAUUCGCGGGAGAAUAUAUCGAGUUAUAGGUAAAUAUCAGGAAUCACUUCUAGAUCUCAAUAGAUUACUGGAAAUAGAACCGGACAAUGCAUCUACAUUGAGCAAUCGUGGAUUGACCUACAAAAAGUUAGACAAGUAUAAUGAAGCACUUUUGGACUUUAAUAGAUCAUUAGAGAUUGAGCCCAACGACGCCUUUACAUUAACUAAUCGCGGAGUGACUCAUAGGAUGCUAAAAAAAUACAACGAAUCGCUUUUAGAUUUAAACAAAUCAUUAAUGCUUGAUCCGGAUGACGCUUUUGCAUUAACGAAUCGUGGAUUAGUAUACAAAAUGCUAGGAGAAUAUACUAAAGCCCUUAUAGAUUUUAAUAGAUCAUUAGAGUUGAGUCCGGAUGACGUCUUUGCGUUGGAAAAUCGGCAAGAAAUAUAUAGAAUGUUGAGAAAACCUAAGGAAUCUCUUUCAGAUCUUAAUAAAUUACUAGAAAUACGACCAAACGAUGCCACUUUAUUGGUUAUUCGAGGAUCAACCUAUGGAACAUUGAGUAAAUAUGAUGAAGCACUUUUAGAUCUCGAUAAGUCACUGGAGAUUAAACAAAAUAAUGCUCCUGCUUUGAGGCAUCGUGGAAGAAUCUAUAAAAUAUUAGGAAAAUACGACGAAGCACUUUUAGAUUUAAACAAAUCAUUGGAAAUGGAACAAAAUAAUGUUCUUGCAUUGGAAGAUCGCGGAGUUACGUACGGGUUAUUGGGAAAAUACAACGAAUCACUUUUAGACCUCAGUCUAUUGUUGAAAAUUGAGCCAGAUAAUGCUUCUGGGUUACGAAUCCGUGGGAGAAUAUAUCGAGUUAUGGGUAGAUAUCAAGAAUCACUUUUAGAUCUCAAUAGAUCACUGGAAAUAGAACCGGAAAAUGCAUCUGCAUUGAGCAGUCGUGGAUUAACCUACAAAGAGUUGGACAAGUAUAACGAAGCACUUUUGGACUUUAAUAGAUCACUAGAAACGGAGCCCAAAGACGUUUAUACAUUAACUAAUCGCGGAGUGACCUAUAGGAUGCUAAAAAAAUACAGGGAAUCGCUUUUAGAUUUAAAUAAAUCAUUAGAGCUUGAACCGGAUGACGUUUUCGCAUUGAGAAAUCGUGGAGUAGUGUACGAAAUGCUAGGCGAACAUACUAAAGCACUUGUGGAUCUCAAUAGAUCAUUAGAAUUGUGUUCGGAUGAAGUUUCUGCAUUGGAAAAUCGCGAAAAAAUAUACAUAAUGUUGGGGAAACAUAGCGAAUCUCUAUCAGAUAUCAAUAAGUUACUAAAAAUACGGCCAAACGAUGCCACUUUAUUAGCCAUUCGAGGAUCAACCUACGGAAUAUUGAGCAAGUAUGAUGAAGCACUUUUAGAUCUCAAUAAAUCACUAGAGAUUGAAAAAAACAAUGCUAUCGUUUUGAGGAAUCGUGGAAGGAUCUAUAGAAUGUUAGGAAAAUACGACGAAGCACUUUUAGAUUUAAACAAAUCAUUGGACAUAGAACAAGAUAGCCCUCUUGCAUUGGAGAACCGUGGAAUAACCUACAGAUUAUUGGGAAAGUAUGACAAAGCACUCUUAGAUCUUAGUAGAUCACUAGAAAUUGAACCAGAUGAUGCUUUUGUGCUAAGAAAUCGAGGAAUAACCUACAGAUUAUUGAAAAGAUACGAAGAAUCAUUUUCCGAUCUUAAUAAAUCACUGGAGAUGGAAAAGGAUAAUGCUAUGGGAUUAUGGAAUCGCGGAAUAACUUACAAAAUGAUGAAUAAAAAAUAUAAUCGAUUGUCGGAAGUAAAAAUAGAAAUUGAAAAGGACAUAAAUUUCAUACCAUUCAAAUGUUUGGUGGAGUUUCUUGAAAUCCAACAUUCGGCCAUUUCAAUAUUGGAUAUAAAUCUCAAGCUCAACUGUAAACGAGUUGAAGAGACCGUCAAAUUUCCUACCAUGUUGAAAACCACUGCCCUCCUCUUUACUAUCAUCGCACUAUGUUUCGCCGUUGAUCCUUCAACUUUGGUGAAACAAGAUCUUCAAGUGUUUCCAUCAUUCUACGAGAAUACCCCGAUCAAGCUUUAUGUCCUUUACGACUAUUAUGGGUUUACCGAACCGCCAAAGCAUCUACCAAGCGUCCCGGUUUACGUGUUCAUCCCUCCGCACGGCAAAGAAUUGGUUCAAAAAAAUCUUAUUGAAUAUAUUCCAGGUGACAAAAGUUAUUCGGAGCUAUGGCAUGUGAACAUUGUCGAGGGAAGGAAACCGGGUGAUCCACCAGUGAAAAGCGUUUCCGAAUUAUUGGAAUUAAAAAAGCAAAAAAAAGUAAAAAUAGUAAAGAAACAUUUGUUUGUAAACUCUCAUGUUGUGGGCGAAGGUUCAACAAUUAAGGAACCGAAAGAUGCUGCGUCAAAAACCGCCUAUUAUCAAGGAAAGGUUGUCAACUAUUUUGACUUCGGAGUUGCCUCUUAUAAAGACAGAACCGCCAAUAUAUAUCACCUCCUAAAUUCCAAAGGAAUUAUUGUUGGCGUAUUGCCCAAUUCGAUUCCCGGGCAGAAGGGCUACUCGGCACUUUGGAAUGCUUUUAAUGUUUCUGUGCCAGACUCUCUCAUAUCUCAAGGAAUUACAAGGCUGAGUCAAAUUGCACCAUACAAGAAAGUUUUUGCACGCUUCAAUACCAAUUGUCCUAUUUCUCAAGUUGGUGAUAAGCCAAUACUCAAUGAUUUGAAUUGGGAAACGAAACUUUUCAAAAAAUAG